AUGGCCUCGAAAGCAAGUCGACAGCGAGGGAAGACGUCGAAGUCUCAAAGAUCAAGCACUUCCUCUAUAGAUGCUCCCACAGUGGCCCAGCGUUCUAUUAUUAGUCAACUUUUUGUCAUUUUCAAAGCUACACCAGUAAUAGACAAGAGGGAUUUUUAUGAAGAGUAUUCCAAGUUUUUUAAAGGUAAAAGCCGUAAUGACUAUCUUCAAGACUAUGAGUUUACUGGUGUUAGUAACAUGUUGAAAACUCUUGAUAUUUUUGAAUAUUAUGGCAAAGCUAAACUCAAAUUCUCACUCUGUCGUGAAAAGCUACUCAAUUUAUUGCUAAAUCCUGAAGCUUACGCACACUUGCCUUCAGAUGAAAAGGCUAGAAUUUUUUUACUGCGUAAUGGAUUUGUUUCUAAAGAACUAUGUGAUUAUUUUAAUGUUUCAUGUCUUGAGGAUUUGCUUUCGGAUUUGCUUUCGGAUAGUGUGCCCUCUUCACCUGGUAUAGUCCAUCCUUCUGUAUCUCAUCCCUCUUCAGUUCCACAACCUCUUCUGCCACAACUUUCUUUGCCUUCUUCUCUUCCUCAUCAAUACCCUCCUCUACUUCGUCCUCCAAACCCUUCUCUACUUCCUCCUUCAAACCCUUCUCUACUUCCUCCUUCAAACCCUUCUUUACUUCGUCCUUCAAACCCUUCUUUACUUCCUCCUCUGAACCCUUCUCUACUUCCUCCAAAUUCUUCUCCACUUUGUCCUCCAAACCUUUCUCCACUUCGUCCUCCAAACCCUUCUUCACUUCCUCCUCCAAAUCCUCUACUUCCUCCUCCAAAUCCUUCUCUACUUCCUCCUUCAAACCCUUCCCCACUUCCUCGUCCAAACCCUUCCCCAUUUUCUCCUUUAUAUUCUUCUUCAUCCGCUCCUUUUCUUCCGUAUCAUUCUCCUUCUGGGUCCUAUCAUUCUGUCCCUCCCCAUAUGGUUUAUACUAAUAAUCCAUUGCUACCGGCUGCAUCAAAUCCAUCUGCUCGUCAAGCUCAAUCUGCCAAUAAAAGACCAGCUAUGUAUGAAAGUGAUAGAACUGCUGGAGAUGAUGACAGCUCUCCACCAGCACCAAAGAAAGGCAGUAUUAACAUUACUGAUAAUAAUCAAUCUUCAACUCGUGAUGAUGUUAAGAGCGUUGAUAAUAUUCAAGGGAAAAAUCCAGUAGUUUUUGCAGAAAUGGCUCAGACAGGCCCAAUGGAUUGUGAUCCUUUAUCUACUGGUCCUCCUCAUUUUCCUGAUUCUUCUGUUCAUCCACGUGAUGUUCAUCAUCCUCCAUCGUUUGUCCACAAAGAUCAUCAGAUACCUGUAUUAGACAGACUACCUCCUCCUCCAGAGUUUAAGAGAGGAGAGAAUGUUAAAGAUGUGGUCAGGAAAAUUAAUUCCUACGCUGAGAUGUUUACUGGUAUAAUCUCUUCUCGUGGUAAGCAUGUACCCCUGUCGGUGGUUGAGGAUGAACUAAAAUUAUUAUUGGGAAAGGCUAAGAGGCAUGGUUACUAUAUCAAUUUGAGGGACAUUGAUUUUUGGGUCAAUUGGGAGAAAUUGCACAAACGUACAAUUGAGUUCAUCAAAGUUUUUUGUUGGCAUUCUCCAAUCACUACCUUAUAUGAGCUGCAGAGGAUUCUGAAUGAAUCUGAGAAUGUCAGUGACUUCAAAGAGCUCAAGAUGGGCCCCUUGUUAAAGCAUCCUGAUAUUAUACGACUCUUUAAAGUCCCUGAAGAUCUUGAGACUGUACCAGAGAUAACAGCAUAUGAUGUGCAUUCCAAGUUGUUUCGAUUUUUAGAUAAGAGUAAGAAUAAGAAAAGUAAGACACAGUUAGAGGAUUUUUUGGAUUUCUUGAGUCAUACGUUUUCCAUUGAGUCUCCUCUUCACAUUUGUAUCCGUAUAACCAGUUAUCCUCUUGCAUUGCAAAUUAACUUCAAAUUUCGUAGAUCACAAAGAGAGAUAAAAGAAAGGAUUGAGUCUGAGCUAGAAAAAAAUGUCAGUGGAGAAAUAGAGUUUGAGCUCAAGAAUUGGAAGAAAAAAUUAUCAAGAAUGUCAUCUGAAAUACCAAAGGAAUUAGAACGCAAGGAUCCUAUCCAACUAUUGAGUUCAUUCUUUGAAGCCUCACUCCAAUAUUUCCCUCGUCAUUUACAAUCACGCCUGACUGGAUUUUUUCAGUUUUUACGAGAUCAUCCUGGACUGCGUGAUCUUUUCUUACUAGCUAUGUACCAAGGAGUGUACGGUAUACAAAAGAAGGUCCAUGAGGAAGAAGCUGCUUCAUCACCUGUUGCUCCUUUUGCUUCGAGCCAUUCAUCUGUCAUGUCUCAGGUGAUGACUAUACCUGAUAACUAUCGGAGCCAAAGUGAAAUAUAUAAUCAUUUAUUACAGAUGCUGAAGUCUCUUCAGUUUCCAAUUGAUUUAUCCUCACUAGUUGAGACAGAGAAGAGUUUAAUAGUUAAGUUAGGAGCAUCUUCCUUUGAAUCGUUUGGUCAUGGAACUUUCCUAGAGUUCCUCACAAAUCAUAAAAUGCUUCUUAAGUUUCUUGGUGGCAGUACUAUAGGAAGUAGUAGUAGUGAAGGUAGGAUGAGUACAGGGGGACAAAGGAAACGAGAGGAAGUUUUAGAGUGUAUAAGACAAUUAAAGGAUCUCUCUAACCAGGAAAAGGUGUCUCUUGUAGUAAUGAAGCAGUUUAAUGUUCGUUCAGUAUCACAACUCGCUUGUGGUGAUAUUGAAAAGCUUAUUUCAGAUGCUCAAAUCUCUCCUACCACUUCCUCUUGUUCUGUUCGGUAUCUUUCAGCAUUAUUGAGCAAUAGUGAAUACACUACUGAUGCAUCAACGAGUCUAUCAAUGACUUCACAAGAUGCUUUGCAAUACCUGAAAUCUGCUCCUUUACUAGCUGAUCUUGCUCUCUGGUCUAAUUGGAAACUUGUCUUUGAGCCUUCUUGUGGCUCACUUUCUCAUUUUCUCUCCUCUCAUCCUGAUGUUCACACACUAUGUGUUGAUGAUGGGGUUUUUCUUAAAAUAGAUCCUAAUUCAAGUGUGAAGGAUUUUGCAAAUGCUCUUUAUGUUAGUCCAUCACAAUCAUCAGGGCACCUUGUGUCAAUGGUAGUUAGAUCUGGAAGUACUAAUAACAUACCAGCUCAGUUGCUAGCUCAACAUGUUCAGACAAGACUCUCUGGUUUACUUAGUGAUACCAUGCCUCCUGAAAAAUUUGUUUUUGAGUGUUUGGUUUGUAUGCCAGUGGAAUUAGCAGUUACUGUUGGUAAAGAGGUAUUUCUUGACCCUUUAAAGAAAUUACAUGGUUCAUCGAAAGUUGAUAGUUUAUUGCUUAAAGCUACUGAUGAUAAUCCAUUGAGCAGAAGUUUCUUACAUACUCUAGGAUUGAAGUUGGGUAUUAAGGUAUGGAUUGAUGACUAUCUUGCCCGAGGCAAGCAGCCUAACACUAUUCCUGCUACUGAACCAGAUUUACCUGUUUUAAAACCUGUCAAUCCUGAUUUAAAUAAGAUGGAUUUUAGUGAAGAAUCUGUGGCUGAAUCUUUUCUUGAGAGUUCGUUUAAUAAUCAAUCAUCAAAUCCUAGUACGUCACUGAAUGAACCUGAAGAAUCAAACACAAUAUUCACUGAUGUGCUGCCUUUAUCUCUUACCUCACCUUUCUCUGUUGAGGAGGAGAGGGAUAAUGCACUUAAAAUUGUAGAGAGCAUUCGUAGUGAAGAGUUUGGGAUUGGUUUAGAGUUUGAUGAAAAAACUAAAUCAGUAAUGAGCAAGGGAAAGGGAAGACUUGACCGCAGUCUACAGCGUCUCUCUGAAGAACUCUACAGUAAAGACACUCACUUUGUACUUGAACUAGUUCAAAAUGCUGAUGACAACUCUUAUCCUGUCUUGACCUGUGGCUCUACUUCAUCAUUUGUUCCCAGUUUGAAGUUCACGUUAUCAAAAUCUUGCAUAGUAGUCCUCAAUAAUGAACUUGGUUUCAGUGAAAAGAAUAUAAGAGCAAUAUGUGAUGUUGGUCGUAGCACCAAAGACAGGAAUGCCUCUGGAUAUAUUGGUCAGAAAGGUAUUGGUUUUAAGUCUGUUUUUCGUGUGACGAAAACCCCAGAGAUUCAUUCACGUGGGUAUCAUAUACGAUUUGAUUCUAGUGUACCCAUUGGAUACAUAUUACCAGAGUGGGUUGAAAGCUCCAUCAGUGACGAUAUAAUUGAUCCAGGAGAACUAGCCAAGUGGACAACUAAAAUAGUUCUUCCAUUCAAAUCAGAUUCUACCAAUGCUGGUUCUAGUGACAUGAUGAGCCGCUUUCAUGACAUUCAGCCAUCUUUACUUCUCUUUCUGAAUCGACUGAGAUGUAUUAUAAUUGAAGAUUUGGAGUCAAAGGUUAUUCGUAGCAUGAAACGUCAUGAUAGAAGUAAUGGUAUUAUUGAGAUAAGGCACAAUGAUGGUGUUGAUAAGUGGCUGCUUGUUAGAAAAACACUACAUGAAGCUAAUAAGUACAAGCCGGAUGUUUCAGCUACAGAACUAGCUCUUGCUUUUCCAUUGCAAGAUGAUCUACACAAUUUUAAUUAUGACCUUAGCCCUCAGCAAGUAUUUGCAUUUCUCCCAUUGAGAAGUUAUGGCUUUAAGUUCAUAGUCCAAGGAGACUUUGACUUACCUAGUUCAAGAGAAGAUGUUAAUGCUAACAGUGCAUGGAACCAGUGGCUAAGGGAAGAAAUACCUUCACUUUUCAUGAAGUCAAUAGAUUGCUUUGAGUCUCACCUGACUGCCAUAGAAGCUAUUAUUCACAUAUUAAAGUUUAUACCUCUGGAAGGAGAAGUGCAUGAUUUUUUUCAACCUGUCACCAGUGAGAUACUGCGUAUUUUUAAGGAAAGGAAGUGUCUACCCACAGAGCCCUUCCCUGUGCACUCUUCAUCUCCUACUGAUUCUCCUUUUGAUGCAAUGAGAGAAAUCACUUCAAUUAUAUCUGAGAUACGAAGUCUCAAGGGUUCUAGUGCUGGCAUACAAUGGAAGCAACCAUCACAACUUCUUUUAAUUAAAGAGCAGUCAAUACAGGACUGCAUUCCUCAGUCGUUAUUAACUGCUUCUUUAAAAUUGUAUUAUCUUAAUUCGGCAUUAAACAAUCACUUAUCUUCCCAGAUCUGCUCACAGUUAAACAUUGGUUCCAUUAAUAUUGAUCACUUGAUGUCCGUAGCACAGUAUGUUCUCUCAAGUUAUCACCAACACAAAGAGGAACAAUUUAUGUCACUGCAGUCUAGUGCUAGUAGUGCUGAAGAUGAAUCAGAUGAGGAAGAGGUUGCUGUACAUCCAGUCAAAUGUUUGAACCAAUGGAUAGCAUUGUGGCUGUCUUGUGUGCAUUUAUUGUGUGAAGGAGUUGGAGGGAGUACUGAUGAAAUGUCUGUACUAAGGAAACUAAAGAGCUUUCCAGUCAUUCCAUUGUCCAAUGGAAAUAUUGUCUCUAUUGAUAGUGGUCCUAUUUUCUUUCCUCCUGUUUCUAGUAAAGAUGUGGACAUUUCAUAUCGUCCAGUGUAUGAUGAGCUUCGUACGGUACACACUGACCUUAUUGAUAGUGAUGAGAAGUUAGUUGCAGUUAAAGCAAAUGAUCUUUUGUUGCGUCUUGGAGUAAGGAAUCUUAAUAUUACUGAAGUCAUUGAGCAGCACAUUAUUCCACAUUUCAAAAAAGAAAAUACUGAGGAUACUAGUGAACAUUUGCUGAUUUUGUAUCUCUCAUUUAUUGAGAAUGCUAUUGAAAGAAACCAGUUCUCUCAGAAGAAAGCAAUAGAUGAACUAAAGGGACAUGUUGUUUUGAUCACUGAAAAUGGAAAAAGGCUCAAGCCUAGUGAUGAAGUGAUUCAUUUUCAUUCAAAAUACGAACCACAAUGUGAUCUUACUAAAAGUUUCCCAAAUGUGAAAUGGGUUGUUGUCUCUCCUAAAUAUCUGAACUUUGGAAAUAAAAAGAACUGGAAAAAGUUUUUAACCAGUCUUGGAGUUGAAGAAGGCAUUGCAGUGGAAAAAAUUAAUAAAAAAAUUCAUUCUAUUGAGAUCAAGUCUAAAUGGAUUAUUUCAAACUUAAAGAAUUCACCUGACGGCUAUUAUACAAUACAUGAUUACUUUUCUAAGGAUUUCGAAUUGAUUUUCAGCUCCAUACAAAGCCUCAGUUCCUCAAAACAAGUCAAGCAGAUGAAAAUUUUGUUGCAGCUUCUUAAUUCAUCAUGGAAUGCUCUUUAUAGUAAAUGUGUAACUGCAUUAUAUUAUGAUGGGAGCAACACUCAUGAAUUAGGCACUGCAGGCUCCUCUACUUUUGGUCAUUUGUUAUCAAGCAAAGCUUGGUUACCUGCUGUCAAUAUUGAUGGGGAACCUUACUCUACCUGCCUCCUUCAAGGAUCACAGCUCUACAGUAUGACAGAUGAUUUGAAAAACCUCCUUCAUGAUAAUGUUCCGUACAUAGUUGUUGACGGUAUUCAUAUUAGCUUGUUAAAGCACUUGUGUGUGCAAACUGAAAUAUCUUGUGUUGAGCUGUACCGCCUGUUAUGUAAGUGGUCAGAGUCUUCAACUUUUAGCUCGUCCAUUGAUCAUAUGAGACAGGUUUAUAUUCAUCUAAGUGAUCUGACACACAAUAGAGUCGACUUCAAUGAGAAGCCUCUGAUAUUUGUACCUUCUAUAAAUCAGUGGAGGGGUGAUUCUUCAGAAUGUGUGUCAGGGACAUUUGUUACAGCCAAGAAGGCAUGCUGGACAGACAAAACUGAAGUUUUGUAUAACAUGUUAGCUAAACGGAAAUGUUAUCCUGAUCAUCUUCCUCAAAUAUUGUCUUUUUUCUACAAUAGCAAAGAUGAUGAGAGUCUUAAAUGGAAAAUAAAGAAUGCUUUCUUCAUCCUUCAAGUGGUGAAAGAUAUGAGCAUUGAGGCCAUGAUUGAGUUGCUAGAAUUUAAUGCUUCUCUCACACAUAUUCCUUCGGAGGAUCACAUCAAAUCAUUUUAUUCAAUCAUUGAAGCAAUUUUUAAUGCAGCGGAAUCUGAAGGUGACUUUGAAGUCAACAGGCAGUAUGUUUCUGCUAAAGUUAGGCCACUGCCUGUAUUUCCCAGUAAAAAGUGGGUGUCAUUUGAUAGUCUUUUUGUUGAUGAUAAUCAUGACAUAUCAAAGCACUUUCUACAAGAUGAGCAAGUUCACUUUCUCAGUGAUGCUGGCAUGAAAUCAAACCAAAUAAAGAGAGUUAUAAAACUCUUUCAAAUACCAUUAGUCAGUAAGAAUAUAUCAACUGAUCUGAAUCCUGCAGCUAUUAGACCUUAUAAUGAUCUCAAGGUACGUUUCCACUACAUCAUGCCUCUGCUCCAGCUUUAUCUUUUUAACAAAUUCAAAGGGGAAAACAUUCCUUUGAACCAUUUCGAGGCAGUAACACAGACCUUAUCUGACUUAACCAUUUUUUCUACCCUGGAGCUCAAUUGUACAUAUUGCUUGCACAAAAUUCACUAUGCUAAUGCUCAAUUGAAGCAAUGCAUGCUUGAUAUGAAGCCAGAGACGCCACCAGUAAUAUACGUAGUGGUCAAUGAUAACAGCAAAAUUGUUGAGAUGAUGUCACUAGUUAAUGUGAUACUGUCUCUGGCGUUGCCUAAAGGUUUGAUGUCUGAUCUCAGCCAAUCUCUUUCAUUAAUUAUACAAGAGCUGUUAUUAGAAGAUCCUAGAUCUAAGGAAAGUCAAGAAUCUUUUAUUAGCAAAUAUUCUCUUACUUCCUUACCACCUGAUGUACCCAGAUGGGAUGUUGAACUACCAAAAUCAACUGCUUUUGUUACCGAGACAAAAGUGGAAGAAAAAUCUCCUCCUGUAACUGAAGUUGAAGUUGAAGUCGAAGUAAAGCCUGUUUAUGGAGCUCAUGCACAAAAUAGUUCAAGUAGUGGUGAUAGCAGUGGCUUAAAGGCAUGGCCUCCGAAAGCUCCAUCAUUCCUUGAUGUUGAAUACACUGAAAAGAUGAAAUUAGAAGCACAACAAUCUGCUUCACAUUUGGGCAGUAGUAGACAAGUGACCAAGAGAGAUGUGAUUACAAGUGAUGACAUCCAAAGGAUGAAAGGUGAAGGCAAUAUGCAUAAGAGGUUGAGACAGGAAGAUGGGCAUGAUAACGUUGAUGAAGAAAGGAAGUCACUAUCAUUGCAUGAUGAAUCACACGCUCUAUCUGAUACAGACUAUCAGCGCAGAUAUCAGACUGCUCAGACAGGAUCUCACACAGGACCUCAUUCUGGAUCCCAGUCUACUUCUGCGGCAUUAAAUAUAGAGUCCCGAUCUGAAUACAAAUCUACAGCAAACUCACAAACCAAUCGUACUAACAAUGUUACAACAAGCAGUAAUGAACUUCAGACUGGAGGCACUCCACCUAAAAAACAAAAAGUAAGCUCUGAAGUUGAGCAGCAAAUGCACCAUCAACAUGAUCAAGAAUUGAUUCCAUUGCCUUAUCAGUCAACUAAUGCCUUUCACUCGUUCAACAUGGCAUCAAUGCUAGAGCCCUUAGAAAUAACUAUUUCAAAACAUAACAACAUGAACAUGCUAAUUAACACAAAAGGAGAAGAAGAUAAUUUUGCUAUUGGACGCUGGGGAGAAGAAUAUGUUUACAAAUUCUUGUCUUCAACUGAAUCUGUACCUGUAAUGGGAUCAGUUGGUACAAUAAAAUGGGUUAAUGAAAAAGAGGAAAGUCUCUUGCCAUAUGAUAUAAAGUUUUUCCGUGAAUCUGAUGGUCAAGAGUUCUACAUUGAAGUAAAGAGCACAAUUUUUGGUGCUGACAGGGAGGGAGGAAAUACUAUUGCUUUAUCAUGGAAUGAGAUAUCCUUUGCAAAAGAGAAAGAAAAAAAUUAUUUGCUUUUUGUACUGUUUGGUGCUGGAAACUGGGAAGAAGUGAAGGUGAAGUUGUUGAGAAAUCUUUAUGGAGUCUUGCAAGAUAAUCCUUAUGUAAAAUUGUACAUUAAAAUUUAACAAUAAUUGAAUUAUUAUCAUUACAAUUCAGUAUAGUAGUUAAAAUAAUAAUAGAAAUUGUAGUUGCAUUCCUAUGUAAAAUUGUACAUUAAAA